UGACCAGACCUGAUACCCCGGCCCAGCUCUCUCGAAGAAACAGGUGGCUUUUUACUUUCUAACGCAUUUUCCUUCUCCUCCGCACAGAAGCGAGAUCUCCGCUCGUUACCAUUCUCUCUCGUUGGACUCCCGUCGCGCAACCGCCGGUGCUUACAGUCAGCUCCGUCGUGAAUCAUGAUUAACUUUGUGUGUCUUAUUAGUCGGCAAGGCAAGGUGCGGUUGACAAAAUGGUAUUCAACUUAUUCACAGAAAGAACGAUCCAAGGCCAUCCGUGAGCUUAGUGGAGUGAUUCUAAGCCGAGGGCCCAAGCUCUGCAAUUUUGUCGACUGGAAAGGACAUAAAGUGGUUUACAAAAGGUAUGCUAGCCUCUAUUUCUGCAUAUGCAUCGAUGAGGAGGACAACGAGUUAGAGGCCCUUGAAGUUAUUCACCAUUUCGUUGAGAUAUUGGACAGAUACUUUGGCAGUGUCUGUGAGCUGGAUUUGAUCUUCAACUUUCACAAGGCCUAUUACAUAUUGGACGAGCUUCUAAUUGCCGGCGAACUCCAGGAAUCGAGCAAAAGAACAAUUGCCAAGCUAAUAUCCGCACAGGACAAUCUGGUAGAGGUUGCAAAGGAGGAGGCAAGCUCCUUGAGCAACAUAAUUGCUCAGGCCACAAAGUAAGAGCGGGGGAAUAGAAUACACUGAAGAAGGAGCCAUACUGAUGUGUCGUUUGUUUCAAGUGCUUUGAUGUAAUUAUUUGAAUCCUUUACAUUCCCCCCCUGCUUUUGGAUUCUUGACCAAACAUCUGUAAUAUCUUUUGUGUGAGUUUUGACGCCUUACCGUUGAAGUACCGUUCCCCUUUAACUGAGAGCUUUAUUGAUUUACAUUGGGCUGUCGAUAUCGACAACCUUAAGAGGAAAAUGGUUGCUAUUGCCUAUUGUUG